UGUAUUUUUAUUUGGGCCUGUAUGAAAGGUCCUGGUGUAUAGUUAUGUGUCUCCAGCGCCAGCAUGAAUGAAAGUGCAGUUCUGAAAGUUAAAGUCGAUCUUUUCUGUCUGAGAUGAAGGGAAAUUGAUCCAUCAUGCAGUCUGGCUGCAAUUCACCACUUCACCAUCAGCGGCGCCAGACUGGAACCCAAGUCUGAGCCUGGAAAGUGACCGAGGCUACGCCAGCUUUCUAAACGGGGCUGUGAUAUUACACAAAAUGUUGUUACCUGACCUGAGGAGAAGUUUAGAGCUUUCCUAAUUUCAUUUAAGUCAUUUAAACCCAUAUUUCCAGACUGUUGUCCAUCGAUAUUUUAAAGUUAAAGCAGUUUGAGGGAAGAAGCUGAGAAAAGGGAAAUCUGAGUGACUUCCUGCAGCAGUCCGGACCGGCUCUGUCUGCAGAGCUCCUUGUGAAGCAGACCUUCUGCCUGGCCUCCUCUGGCCCAGACACGUCCUGUAGGAGAACCCGCCGGGAUCAGGAUCCACCUGCAGCCAGGAAGAAUCAUCAUAGGAGACAUAAAGUGAGUGACCAUCACUAGUGAUGAGCAAAAACUCAAGUGAAAUACGGAUCUGAAGAAGGGACCAGAGCAACCAUGGCACAUGAAGGGCAAUUUAAAGAGGAGGAUCUGCCUUCAGACAUUAAUGAGUGGAGCGAACAUCACGUUAGAGAAUGGGUUCGACGUCUGAAGAAAGUAGAUGCUUCUGUUGCAGAUGUACUAUUUAAACAAGACAUCAGUGGUCCCAGUCUUUUGCUUUUAGAUAUGCAAGACCUCAUCAAUAUGGGUGUCACUUUUGGACCAGCUAAACUUGUCCUUCAUGCCAGAGAGGAACUGAAGAACUUAAAGAGCAAGACGCCAACAAGCUCCUCUAACCAGCCUGGGAAACCCAGCAAGCCGUAUCCCUUCUGUAGAUACCACGAUACAUUCAGAUACGUACAUGGCAGCAUCCUCGAUGUCACAGAAUCAGGUGCCUCGGACAUGAUUCAACCCUGCCAUGAAUAUAAAGCUUUUAUCAACACACCUGAUGAAGCUAAGAUGAACAAGUUUACCUCUGAGGUUGUUCGGUUUGCAGCUGCCUGCAUGAACAGCCGCACCAAUGGUACUAUCCAUUUUGGAGUAGGAGACAAGCCAGAUUUUGUUCAUGGUCAGGUUUUGGGGGUGGCUGUUGAUGACAAAGAGGCAUACGCUAACGGCCUCAAAUCAGCCAUCGAUGGUUACUUUGAACAUAAACACAAGCAUGCAGCUCAAAUGUGCAUCAAACCUCCUCGAUUUGUGGAGGUCCUGAACAGAAAUGAAACAUCUUCUGAAAAAUGUGUCAUUGAAGUGGACAUUGAGCCUCAGUCUGCCAUCUGUGAAGAAAACAUUUACCACACCUACAACACGAGAAAAGGAAAGAAAAAGACCAAAGAAACUGAAUCACAACCGUCAAAGUCUUUCUACAUCCGAGAUGGCGGCAGCAGCAGGGACCUUCUGGCAUCAAACGCGUCUUCCAGCGUAGAGUUCAGCCGCUUCGUAGACCACAUGACUCAGCUGUCACAGCUCCGCAAGAACGCAGAGGAGAAGCACGUCAAAACGAUAAAAGGCACAACUCAAGGCUCAAGGUUAACUCGCAUGAUAACUGGUGGGACCUUGUCGUUGGAUAAGUCCCACUUCGACUGUUAUGUUAUUGUGACAAAUAAAUCCCAUCCAAGCCAUUAUGAAAAUCUGGGCUUUCUCAUUGAGCUCGACCCAACAGCUGUUUUAGACUUUGAUCCUGAGUCAGCUCAACAUGGACUACAGACUUACUUUGACAAGCAGAGCACAGUGAGCCCACAUUUACCAGCAAAAUAUAAAAUCACAGGAGGAGUUGAAGACAUAGCUAACAAGUUGAAAUUAACUCGAAACACCAGCUGGGUGUUCUGUAACGGAGGCAUUGAGCAUGAGGCCCCCUCAGACAUUAACCAGUGGUUGAUGGACAAGGGUGCCUCAGUUCGAGAUGUGAUUUCUUUCUUGUGCCGGAAAGAUGUGCUUCCAAACAAGAGGUUCCUUGUCAUUUUCUUGCUUUUGUCAACAGUGAGGGAGAGAAUGGACCCCCUUGUCGAGACUUUCAGUACAUUCUGGCAGGAGCUCAGAGGCACAGACCAAAUCCUCUGCAUAUGCGACAAUGAAAACGCAUUUACUUCAUGGAGGGAUCUCAUUGAGGCUCGAUGUGGACUCGACAUCUCUGGCAGAUGUAUAUAUGAGCUCAGCUUUGCUGAAGUCAAUGGAACCAUCCUUAGUCUUUGGUCCAAAAACCGCAGAGCCAUCCGGUUCCUACCUUGUGGAGGAGAAACCAAGGUGCCUCUGGAGAAAAAACUGGAGCGCAGCCUCAAUACCUUAGAGGUCCUGUGUGUGAACCAGUGUGAGGGAGGGAAUGAAGACAGAGUUGCCAUAGAGGAGAACUUCUACAAAGGUGGAAAUGUCUCUUGGUGGAAUUUCUAUUUCUCUGAGCAGCCUGGAUCAACACCGUUCAUCAAACGAGACAUGUUUGACUACAUCAUGAACACUGUUAUACCAGAACUUUGCUCCCUAACAAAGGCCUGUGUGCUGUUCAAUCUCCUCCAUGUUCCAGGAUGUGGUGGGACCACCUUGGCCAUGCAUGUGUUGUGGGCUCUACGGGAGAAAUAUCGCUGUGCUGUCCUCAGGAAAAAGGCAGACUUUGCUGAUGUGGCUGAUCAGGUGAUCAAACUUUUAAAGUAUUCCUAUGAUGAACAAGCUCCACGGAUCCCUGUCCUGCUGAUGAUAGAUGACUUUGAUGAGAUGGAGAAGGUUUAUGACUUACAGCAGGUCAUUGAAAAGGAAUGCCUCCGGUCAGGGAAGGUCAUCCUCCUGAACUGUAUGAGAACAGAGUCCUCUGAGGUGUCAGGACAAACAGCCGACACUGUAGUCAUUGGAAACAGUCUCUCUGAGAAAGAACUGAAGAUGUUUGAGGACAAACUGAAAGAAAUAGAAAAAACACACAAGAACUUUGAAACUUUUUAUGGUUUCAUGAUUAUGAAGAAGAACUUCAAGGCUGAAUAUACUGAAGGAGUGGUCCGGAACACCCUGAAAAGCUUCAACAUAAACCAGAAAAAUGCACAACUCUUGGCCGUUUUGGUUCUAUUAAAUGUUUACUGCAAAGGUUCAUCUCUCUCUGUGUCCUUGUGUGAGGAAUUUCUUGAUCUUCAACCAAAACCUGUCUGUGGAAGCAUCAAAGUUGAAGAUGGAUUUGGGAAGUUUUCCAACUUUAUUGUCAGCUGUUCAGCUGAGGAUAUGGUAGUCUACAAAGCAGUUAAAAUAAUCCACUCAACCAUUGCAAAGCAGUGUUUGCAGGAACUCACAGCCCACAAUGUGACCAAAGCUGACAUUACUGACCUUCUGCUGACCACAAACCAGCUUUAUGAGUGCACACAAGGCAAAGGUAAUCUCCUGGAAGAUGUUCGUUACAUUUUGGUCAAACGAAAUUAUUCAUCAGAGGAAGAAUGUCAGUUCUCUCCUCUCAUUCAAGAAAUUGCAAAGGAAACGUCUGGAGAGGAAGAGAUGGUGUUAAUAAAUGCAUCAAAAAGAUUUGAGAAAGAUGCAAUCAUCUUUCAGUUGCUGGCCAGGUACUACUACCUAAAAAAGAAGGAUUUCUCUGAGGCUAGGAUUUGGGCAGACAAGGCAAAAGAGCUUUCCACAGACAGUUCUUACAUUGCAGACACAUCAGCACAAGUCAUUAAGCAUCAGCUAAAAAAUGCGAUCACAAACUGUAGGGAUGUGAGCCCACAGAACUUGGCUAUUUUUCUGAAAAUGUCCCAGUCAGCAAUUGAAGCUUUCAAGCAAGCACAAAACCUUGCAAAGAAGGAGUCCCUUCAGCGAUUGGAAGUCAAAGCAGACAACUGUCCUUUCAAUACUUCAGGAUGUCUUGGAGAAAUCCAGGUUGGACUACUGGUGAUUGAAUUAUUAAAAAAAACUCCCAUAUUUUCUUCAGAUGGUGUCCGCCACGACAUCCUGAGCCAGGUUCUCUCUGGAGACAUUAAACUUGAGAGCAUAGAGAGAAAUGACCCCCAACGCAAUAAAAACAGAACCUACUAUGUCACUCUGAAACAGUUUGAGGAUGUGCUUGAAAACCUCAAGUACAGGAUGAAGUUGAACAUUGACUACCUUGACAAGCUGUACGUGAAUCUGGGCUCCAGAUUUGGGGUGAAAGACACCCGUGAGCAAGUAGCUCAGAAUGAGCUUUUCAGAUGUUUCAGGGAGUACUCAAAAAUAUUUUGCGAGACAGAAUCUGCACAUCUUUUAAAGAACAAGUUGAUGAAUUUACAGAUGAAACUCCACCUGGCAAGACAGUUCCUCGAGAGAGAAAAAGCUGACAGCUAUUCUGGGAUUUUGAACUAUCUUUCCAAAGAAAGCUCAGCUGCAAGGGCAGAGAAAGUUGUUGCUCAGUACGAUUUUGUUUGCCAACCUCAGCACAAUCCAACUCCAAAGGAGAAAAUCAACCUAAUCUACGCCAGUGUUGUGUUGAGUCGCAUCAAACUGGAAUCAAAAUGGGUUUUGCCAUUCCAAGAGCUGAUAAAGCGACUCUGCCAAGUUCUCAAUGAACCAACUCCAUCAAGUGAGAGUUUGCAACUGUUCUUCAUUGCUGUUGUGUUGCUGUGGCCAACAGCACCAGGUCCAGUGCACAGAGAUCUGGGAAGGUUCAUCUCGCAGAUGAAGACGGCUUAUCACAGUGCACUGAAGGAAGUGUACAAUGGGAGGAACCCAGUGGUACACUUUGUUCUGGGUAAUAGGCCCGGCUAUCAACAACUUGUGCCUAUUAGAGCAAUCCAAAGCUGCGUCCCGGAUGCAGAGGAACAGUUUGCUUCUUUGUGGAGAAAUGGCAAAAUCUGGAAAGAGAAGAAGGUCAAAGAACUUCUUCGUAGGGUCACAGGUGCAGUUCAUCGUGAUGGGAUUCUGGUAGACACUUGCAUCCCAGAUCUGAGACUGGAAGUGAUUCCAAUGUACCGACCUCAGAUUAGUGGAUACGCUGAUGGGUCAAAACUCUCCUUCUUUCUUGGUUUCUCAAUGAAAGGACCAUUAGCUCUUGACAUUGAACCUCAACGUUAAAGAGACCCUGUUUCCACUCACUGAUAAACUUACAGAAGAAGCUUAUUGUAUUAGAAAGUACUACCAAAGUAUGUUUGUUUCUGACGGCCAUGGGUUUGGUGAUUCUAUGGUACUUUCCUGUAAAAUAUCCAUGCCCUACAUAAAAGGGAUAUAAGGGGCUGUCUGAUAGCAGCACAAUAAAUAACAGUGAAGGUAAAGACUGUGAAGACGAUGUCUAUUAGGAUGACCCCUGAUGUUCCUGACUACCUCCGCUCUCUCUGAGCUUUAAUAUCUCAGUCUCUAACAGUCAUGUUUGCCAUUAACAGCAUUUAGAGUCUGUUCAAGUCCAUACAUGCAACAGGAAUGAUGACAAUUUAAAUGUAAUAUCCUGCCAAGAAUACUUCCAGGCACGUCCUGGUGACUGUCUGGUGUUGCGAUGAUGAUCUGAUGAAUUGUGCCGGUCCAGUUGUGUGUUGGCAGCGUUUAUUAUAACGGUUUUAUCUUUGGUAGGGUUUGUUAAAAUAAAAUAUCCUUUUACUUCCAAAUAAUUUGUUUUAGAUCUUUUAUAACAACUCAUUACUACUGUACAAACAUUGUGUUUCUUUUACAUUACUUGAAAAACAAUAAAUGUGGAGUUUUGCUAAAUGUAAUUUGAAACAAUUAAGUCUUUCUGUAUGUUUGUU